AAAAAUGUGUUAGUGUGUUGUUAAAUAAACAUUAAUUUAAUUUUUGUGUUAAAUUUUUGCCCACAGUGGAUGUGUUUUUUCAAGUUAUAUCUUGUUUCAUAUCCAGACUCAUCCUUUAUCAAUGUCAUACCACAAUGUCAGAAAAUUCACUGUAUUACUCAACUGUCACAUUGUAUGAUGCUCAGAAGUAACUCUACCGUAUAUCAUUUUAUUAUGUUGCUUAUACUAGUUUUAGAAUCACUUAAGUUUUGUGUAGAACUAGAAAACCAGAAGAGAAUAGCAGACAUUUUAUAUCAUCUGAAGAGUGAUUUUGAGUAUUUUAUCAAUUUGGCCAAGACUACUCAUAUGAUUUGUUUAUUUUGACAUUUUAAUUUUUCUAAACCUUUGCAGGGGAUCCAUGCUUAAGUUUCAACAUUCUGCAAGACAGCCUUGGUGACAAUCGUGUGGAAUUCCCCAUGACAUGUUACACUGUGGCUGGCACUCAGUCACAGAGAGGUCACGCGAACAGCAUCAUUGUAAUGAAGAUGAGUAACCUACGCAAAACACAGAAAGAGAAGAAAGACGACGAAGAAGACGACGAAGAAGAAGAAAGUGAUAGUGAAGAUGAAGAUGAAUUGCCGGAAAUGGAGACUGCACUUGUUAAACAUACUGGAAGUGUCAACAGAAUUCGGACCACUGUGCUAGGAGACAAACACUUUGCAGCUACCUGGUAGGAGAAUGGCAAGGUUUACAUCUGGGAUCUCUCACAUCCAGUAAAUGCCUUCAAUGACUCAAGCGUUAUGACUGUUUACACUCGGAAUGAGGAAUCUCCAGCCCGUGUUUGUAUUCGCAGGUCACCAAAUUGAAGGAUUUGCUCUGGAUUAGUGCAACACAACUGAAGCAUGGGUGUUUGCUUCCUCGGGAGCUGACGAUCAGAUAACAAUAUGGGACCUGUCUGUGGAACCCGAUACCGAGAUGACCGAGUCGUCGGAACCCGAACCCGACGUCCCACCACAGUUACUGUUCAUUCACCAGGGACAGAAAGACAUUAAAGAACUCCACUGGCAUUCUCAGCUGACGGGAGUCAUUCUGAGUUCGGCAAGCAGUGGGUUCAACAUAUUCUGAACGAUCAGUGUGUGAUAAUAAAAAAGAAAACAAAA